AUGAAUUCAUUUUCUUCAACAAGUACAAACAGGAAUAAAGUUUUAGAAUUUGCAACAAGCCGAUCGCCAUCUAAUGAUAAAUUAACAUUAAUAUUAUUAGAAAUUAAUGUCAAUAUGAAUUAUUUAACUAAACCAUAUGCUGAUAUAAGAUAUAUUAGUACUUUACCUGUAGAAGAAAUUCUUUUUCCACUAGGUUCGGUCUUUCAUAUUAAUAAUGCAUCUUACGAUGUUAAAAUGAAUAUUUAG